AUGACUGAAAGCGAGACUUUCAACAAUUGCCGGACAGUGGCGAUACCGUGGCCGUUUUCCAAGGGAAAAGUAGAAUGUGCUGGUGCCGCAUUUUUACGUUAUUAUAAUAUCAAAUGCCACGGUGAAGAUACAUUUUUAGAAGCGUCGACAUCAAAAGAUAAAACUGAAGAGGUGGUUUUUGAAGACAACGUAGAAUAUUUGCGAAGUUUAGACCCUAAAGAAUGGAAAAAACAAGACCAUUAUGCUGUUCUCGGUAUGAAAGACCUGCGUUUUAAAGCGUCUGACGAUGACAUUAAAAGAGCAUAUCGUCAAAAGGUUUUAAAACACCACCCUGACAAACGUAAAGCUCAAGGGGAGGAAGUAAGAAGUGACGAUGAUUACUUUACUUGCAUAACAAAAGCAUAUGAAAUUCUUGGCACCCCAAAAAAUAGAAGAUCAUUUGACUCAGUUGAUCCAACUUUUGACGAUACUAUUCCUACUGCUUCUGAUGUCAAAAGGGAUGGUUUUAUUAAAACAUUCUCUAAGUAUUUUGAAAUCAAUGCAAGAUGGUCAGAAAAAAAGAAUGUACCAUUAUUAGGGGAUGAAAACAGUUCACGGGAAUUUGUGGAAAGGUUUUAUGCCUUCUGGUAUGAAUUUGAUUCUUGGCGUGAGUUUUCUUAUAUGGAUGAGGAGGAAAAGGAAAAAGGUAGUGACAGAGAGGAAAGAAGGUGGAUAGAAAAGCAGAAUAAAGUAGCUCGCGCAAAACUAAAAAAAGAAGAAAUGGCUAGAAUUAGAAGUCUAGUGGAUCUUGCAUAUGCUAAUGAUCCUAGGAUUCAGAAAUUUAAACAAGAAGAUAAAGACAAGAAAUUAGCAGCUAAGCGAGCUAGACAGGAUGCUGUUCAAGCAAAGAAGGCAGAAGAAGAAAGGCUUCUCAAGGAAGCCCAGCUUGCCAAACAAAAGGCUGAAGAAGCUGAGAGAGCCAAGAUCGAAGCAGCAAGGGCAGAGAGAGAAAUGCAAAAGAAAAAUCUUAGGAAAGAAAAAAAGUCCCUGCGAGACUUAUGUAAAACAAAUAAUUACUAUGCUCAAAAUGAUGAGGAAACUGUUUCCCACAUGGCUGCUGUAGAAAAGAUUUGUGAACUCAUGAAAUUAAUGGAAUUACAGGACUUUAUUAAAGAAUUAGAAGGAAAUGGUAGAAGUAGCUUUCUUAAGACAAUGAAGGAUACUGAAGAUAAACUUGAAGCAGAACGCCAUGCACUUUUUGAAAACAAAAAAGUUGAAGAACAUAGAACAAAGAAAAGUGCAGCACUAAAAGCCCCUGUGGAGUGGUCUGUAGAAAUGACACAGUUAUUAAUUAAAGCUGUAAAUUUAUUUCCAGCAGGGACAAAUCAAAGAUGGGAAGUUGUUGCUAACUUUUUAAAUCAACAUGGCACAUUCACUGAUGAAAGACGUUUUAAUGCUAAAGAAGUUCUUAAUAAGGCUAAAGAUCUACAAAGUUCAGAUUUUUCCAAAAGUAGUCUCAAAAAAGCAGCAAAUGAAGAGGCAUUUGAUCAAUUUGAAAAAGAUAAAAAGAAAGUAACAAGUACUGUAGAUGAUAACAGCAUAUCCAAGAAUGAUACUUCUAAAGUUGUUAAUGGAAUCUCACCAAAAGUCAAUGGUGAUGUUAAACCUCCAAAAGAAGAAAAGUCAUGGACAAAGACUGAACAGGAGUUAUUGGAACAAGCAAUCAAGACAUUUCCGGCUAGCACUGCAGACAGAUGGGAUAAAAUAGCUGAUUGCAUACCAAAUAGGAGUAAAAAAGAUUGUAUGAAGAGAUACAAAGAAUUAGUAGAACUUGUAAAAGCAAAAAAACAGGCAGCCAAUUUGGCAAAAUAA